UCGGCCGUUCCAGCCAAUCAAAGCAGUCAAUCCUUAGGUGCUAGGCUGAACUACUGCAACCCAUCACCGCCAAAAAAAUGUUCGCAGUCUUCAUUGCCCGCUUAGAACCUAAAACCAAGCAAGCAAAAGUCCAGCAUUUUCCCAUUGUGCCACUCCCGGACAGCUCAACACACACACAGCAAACUCCAGCAUGUCUGUCCCGGCCUCACGCCCCAAGCUGGCCGUAGCGGUCACAAAGCCGACACCCUACACCUUCGACCUCGGCCUCCUGCUAGCCAACGACCCAAACCCCGUCGCUGUGGACCCCUCCGAUGUCGAGGGCUCUCUCCGGCAGGUCGCCCGGGACGGGGCGCAGGUGCUGAUAUCGCAGCUCCUGACGACGUGCCCCAUCUCCUCCAGCGAGGCCGGCGUGCUGCUGUCCCUGCCGCCCAGCACGACGCCCCUGCCGCGCGAGAAGCCAGUGCCGGUGGAGCGGGCCGAGACCAAGUGGGAGGCAUUUGCCAAGAAGCGCGGCAUCAAGACCAAGACGCGCGAGCAGCGGCGCAACCUGCAGCACAACGAGGCCACGGGCGAGUGGGAGCGCAAGUGGGGUUACAAGGGCGCCAACAAGGCCGGCGAGAACGACUGGCUGGUCGAGGUGGACCCCAAGAAGGAGGCGGAGAGGAAGGAGGGCACGACGGUGCAGGGGGAUAAGCGGCGGGAGAGGAAGGAGAGGGUCAAGCGGAACGAGAGGCUGAUGAGGAAAAACAUGCGGAGGUCAGAGGGAGGAGGCAACUGAUGGGAUAAAGUGGAAGACGACUUCAUGGCAUGUCGGGCUGGGAAGGGCUGGGACAUUCAUCAUCACUAUGGCGUUAUAAGGGAAGGUAUUGCGGGCCUGUUAGUUGGAGUUAAGGGUCAU